CAAACCCUCGCCUCACCUAUAUAUAUCGGUUACCAGGGAAUUCUCAAACCCUCACUCCUUUGCUGCGUCGCUCUCUGCGCUCCUCCCAAAUCCUAAUCUUUGUUGUUGGAGCGAUCCGAGCCGCAAUUAUGUUGGUUUACCAAGACCUCCUCACCGGCGAUGAGCUUCUCUCGGACUCGUUUCCAUACAGGGAAAUCCACAAUGGAGUGCUCUGGGAGGUUGAUGGCAAGUGGGUUGUUCAAGGAGCUGUUGAUGUAGACAUUGGUGCAAAUCCAUCUGCUGAAGGUGGAGGUGAGGAUGAGGGUGUUGAUGAUCAAGCCGUCAAGGUUGUUGACAUUGUUGACACAUUUAGACUUCAGGAGCAACCUCCAUACGACAAAAAGCAGUUUGUCACAUGGGUGAAGAGGUAUAUCAAACUGUUGACACCCAAGUUGGAGGGGGAGGGCCAAGAGGUGUUCAAGAAGAACAUUGAGGCAGCAACCAAGUUUCUGCUUGGGAAGCUCAGCGACCUCCAAUUCUUUGUUGGGGACAUGCAUGAUGAUGGCGGUUUGGUCUUUGCGUACUACAAGGAGGGCGCGACCGACCCAACAUUUAUCUACUUUGGUCAUGGGUUGAAGGAGGUCAAGUGCUAAGCAAUUGGCCGAGAGAGCUCCAAGCAGAAUGCAUGUUGUAAUCCUAGUCUAUAUUAUUGCUUUCUUUACUUUUUAUGUUUAAAAUUGGGGGAUGAGGAGUCUAUUUUUGCUUUGUUUCGUUAGAAUAUUGGCUUUAUGCCUAUCUUGGUUUUAAUGGCUUUUCAACUUGGAUUUCUAAUUUAUGUGGUUCUAAAUUUUGAUUGCGAAAUAACAUUGUGUUCUACAUUUUACCA